UCUUGGAGAGACCGAGCCCCGAGAUGUCUCCUGGCAAGUGGCUACCACUUUGGCUAUCAUGGAUGGGGGCUUUGGUAACCGUGAGCCAACAAGCUCCAAGGUUGCUGAUGGUAACCCCCAGUGUGGUACCUAUAGGGGCAGAGGUGGGGGUCGUGCUUCAGGUCGAAGGAGCCCCCUCUGGGCUCUCGGGCACAGUCUAUUUCCAGAAUGAGAACGACGCGAGUGUGAAAUGCUCUACUGAGGUGCAGUUCAAGCUAAAGCCCGACAGCUUCCUGGAAAAAGUUACUCUGAAGGUGACCCAUGAUCAUUUUGUGCAGUGCGGCUUGUCUACCCAGAGAAGGGACCGUUACAUCCAGCUUGUCGCUCACAGCUCUAACCUCCCCAGUUCCAAUGGCAUUCAAACCCUCAACCUGCGUUGGAGCGCUCGCCAAGGGUACCUGUUUAUACAAACAGACAAGCCCAUCUAUACCCCUGGGGAAAUGGUGAAUUUCCAAAUCUUUGCCCUGGACCACAAGCUGCGGCCAACCUUUGAGCCUGUCAUCAUCACUGUGCAGAACCCGUGGGGACUUCAGGUCCGGAAAGAUCAGCGUGCGCUGUGCGGCGAUGGAUGCUGUGAUAAAGGAUCAACUGACAAUCCCUCCCAUCUCUGAGCCUGGCAUUUGGCGAAUCACAGCCCUGUUUACCAACGUGCCAGAUUCCAACACAACCACAGAGUUUGAGGUGAAGAAAUA